CUUGUCACACUGACAGCGUAGAAGGAAACCUCCUGAGCCAAAAUUCCACCCGUUCACCGUCUCUCCUUCCUCUACCUCUCUCCUCCCUCCCUCGCUCCCUCUGCUCAUCCACCCAUGUAGCCACCUCGCUUGUCUACAGGGAUCCAACAGCAUCCAGGAACUAACUGCUGCUGAAGAACUGAGCUGGAGCACAGAUAAGAGUGGACUGGACACCCUCUUUUGGCACAAGCUGAAGACCUUGUCAGCACAGAUGAGGACACUGUUGCACCCUCUGCUUAUGGACUCGUGCUAAAGAGAUUGUGGAUUUUAUUGUUGCUUGCAACAGCCUCUUUACAAAUGACAACUCUGGGCUUGAAGACCACAUAAAUUAGCCCAUCAUGCUUUUGAAGUCAGGACUUUUCCUCACUUUGUGUCUGUUUACCCUCCAAGCAAGUCGAAUCAAAGACCUUCAUGACCACGGUUUUUCUGGACUCAGGGAUGUGAAGUACCGACACUUCCUAGAAGCCUCCCGACCGAUCAGACAUGCCACAAAUGUCAGGGCAGAGCAGGACGGCCAUCGGACAAAGAGGUCGGCGCUCCUCACCACGGGGGUUAAAGUGUGUCCCCAGGAGACGAUGAAAGCAGUCAUCGGUAGCCAUCGGGCCUAUUACAAGCUCAGAGUUUGUCAGGAAGCAAUCUGGGAAGCGUUUCGGAUCUUCUUGGACAGAGUCCCAAACUCAGAGGAGUACAGAGCCUGGCUCUACACCUGCCAACAUGAAAACCUCUGCAUGGACGACCUGGCCCAGAACUUCAGCAGCUCUCAGGAGCAUCUAGACAUGGUGGCCAGAAGAGUAGCUGAGCAAGCUGAAAUUGAAGGAGUUAUCCCUGAAACCCCAGGGCCGGAAAGGGAUUGCACCUGGACGCCCCCACUGAUUCUGCUACCAACCGAAGCUGAUGCACUUGAAGAAAACCCCAACAUGAUAAAAGAGAACUACGAGGAGUACAUUAUCGAGUUCAGAGUCACCAUUGUGGACCCGGCGUACAGCAAGCUGCUCAGGGACCCGGAGGUAGCACAGUAUGAUGGCAUCACACAAGAGCUCACAGACAAGAUGCUUCAUGUGUUUGAAAAAGUUCCAGGAUUCAAAGAGAUUCGUAUUCUAGGAUUUCGCUCAGAGGAUGUGUCCGUGCGUUACGCCGUGGUUUUUAAUGGAGAAACAGAGCUCAGUGAUGACCCUGAGGGUCUCGAGGAGCCUGAGACAGAUGAGGAUGUGAAUGCUCCUAAACUGAAGCACAUCAUCGUAAAGGCCUUAAAACAGGAGCCGUCGCUACCGCUGGACAUAAAGACGCUCAGCUUUGAGGCUGUCACCACAGUUUAUCCAGUUGCGGAGCUCGGCAUGAACCCUGCUGAGGACAUAUCUGAGGACGACACCACACAGAUGCCGACAGCGGACAGCACUCCUAUCCACAGUUUCUUCCCCACUGUGCCGGUGAUAGAAAACUCUUUGGAGGCUUAUACAAUCGAACCAGAAACACACACCUUUGUGCCUUUCAUCCCAAACAUCCUCCCAGAAAGCACCUCUGCUGUCACUGAUGAGACUCCUGUAAUGUCAGCAGUAGAGGAGGAAUCCACAGAAGGUACUGCUGAGGAGCCCAGUGGCAUUUUAACGCCAGAAACAGAAGAGCCGGAAGAGGAAACAGAGCCAGAGGUGGAGGAGAUACCACAGACUGAGCCUGAUGCCGGAGGUGAGGCUGAACCUGAACCUGAAGAAAAGGUGACAGACGAACCUGAACCAGCUGAUGGGAUCACUGAGGAGCUUCCAGAGCAACAGAACGAGGACCUUCCCUUAGAAACUCCAGACUCCCAACCAGAAGAAGUCAUUACUGAUGCACCUGCUGAGGUUAACUUGGACCUGCCAGAGUCUACAGAUCCCAUUGUUACCGAGAUAUCUGUUGUAGAAGCAGCAGAAGCCAUCACUACACCAUCAUCUCAUGAGGAUGUCGUCCAAGGCAUUGAACCAGAAACAGAUGUGGAGCCUUUGCCAUCCCCUGCAGAGAGUGGCGAAGCCCCCGAGGACGGAGAUGAGUCUAGUGGAGGGCACAGUGGAGUUCCGCCGGUCUCAACGCCCUUGCCUCCUGAGAACUACAACAUACAAGAGGAUGUAGGGUUAAGUCAGAACAGGACCAGUGUGGAAAUGAUUGAACCUCUGGAAGAAGACAGCGGGAGUGGAUUCCCCUCAGAGUCUGACGAACGUCCGUAUGAAUCCACGGCUGCACCGGCCAUGAGACAAGCCAGCACCCCUCUGAUGACCGCAGUGGAUAAGGGCAAAGAGUUAGUGGUUUUCUUUAGCUUGAGGGUCACUAACAUGAUGUUUUCUGAUGACCUGUUCAACAAGAGCUCCCCAGAGUAUAAAUCACUGGAGAAUACCUUUCUUGAGCUGCUUCUGCCAUAUCUACAAUCCAAUUUAACCGGAUUCAAGCAGCUGGAAAUUCUCAACUUCAGAAACGGCAGCGUUGUGGUGAACAGCAGGAUGAAACUGGACAAACCGGUACCUUAUAAUGUCACUGAGGCCGUUCACUGUGUGCUCGAGGACUUCUGCAACGCCGCGUCUAAACGGCUCGACAUCGAGAUUGACAGUCGCUCCUUGGAAGUGGAGCCAGCUGACCAAGCAGACCCCUGUAAGUUCCUGGCUUGCAACGAGUUUUCACGCUGCGUGGUGAACAGUUGGACCGAUGAGGCGGAGUGUCUGUGUGAUCCAGGCUACAGCACGGUGGACGGCCUGCCGUGUCAGAGCACCUGCGCUCUGCAGCCGGACUAUUGCAUGAAUGGAGGCCUGUGUGAGAUAAUCCCGGGGCAUGGAGCCACCUGCAGAUGUCCUGUAGGUAAAUACUGGCACUACCACGGAGAACGCUGCAACGAGCUGGUGUCAAUGCCAGUAGACCCUCCGUUAAUUAUAACCUGCCUUGUGGGAAGUCUCUGCUUUGUUUGUGCCAUCAUCGGCAUCUUGAUAUUCAUUAACAAGAAAUGUAUAAAGACCAGAAAGGCUGUAACUUUGGUAUCCCCAGACAACUCUACACAACAAGAUCAGAAAAGUUAGUCUCAGAAAUGGUUGACUUCCAUCACUGUAUACCACACAAUGAGACGUGGCGACCGCCAAAUGAAUACAGAGCAUGCUGCCUUCUGAGGGCAUCAGAUAACGAAUGUUUUGAAGUAACAGUCCUUUGAUGGCACCUCGUUCGUGUGAGGAGCAGCCGACACAGGGAGAUGGUGCGAAACACGAGGUAGCAGAGACAGAAGAUGCUGUUUAACUGUUUAUGGGAUGCUGUGGUACAGACGCAGGUACGGUAGACCAGUCACAUGGUGUUAUAAGUGUUGAGAUUAAGUGUUCAUAGUGAUCAAAUUGUCUUGUUAGACAGAGAGCUAUGGAUGUAAGGUGGACUUAGGUUGUCUGAACGUGGAACCUAAUAUUUAUUCUAUAUAUUGAAUGGUAGGAACAUUUCCUGUAUACCCUUGGCAAAGGUUGUUCUUUCCUCACAAUGAGGUAUUUAUUAUUUACAAACUGAUACACAUUGUGGUAUCUUUAGACUGUAAUAUGUUGUAUAUUGUAAUGUUAUACUUGUAUAUAUACCAUACCCGUGUUGUGUCCCAAAAAGAGAAUGAAUGUAUAAGCUGUUGGGUCAUGACAUAUUGUCUGUAGAGUCAUCACCUGCUGAGCUGUAUUUAUCACUUGGUCCUGUUCAAAACAACUCUUCCCACUAAUCG